AUGGAGGAAGUCUACGUCUUCGGUGAUCAGACGGCUGAUUGCCGGGCGUUCUUCACCAAAGUCUUUCCCCGGAAGGACAAUGUCCUAUUACAGUCCUUCCUCGAGAGAGCCGGUGAAGCCAUCAGAAUAGAAAACAAGAACAGGACACAUCCUUCGAAAGCCGUCCCCAGUUUCACCACAGUUCAGGAACUAGUCGAUCGUUACUACCGCGGCGACCUCAAGGAUCCCGCCAUAGAGAGUGCUUUGGUUUGCUUGUCGCAGUUUUGCCAUUUUAUUGGUGCAUUUGAAGAGCGUUCUACAUCAUAUAUUUCUCCUAAUGUCGACUCGAGAAUAGUCGGUCUAUGUACCGGUCUUAUUGCCGCCUCUGCCGUGGCCUCAGUCGAUUCCCUCACAGCCCUGAUUCCGCUGGCCGUCGAGUCCGUCCGAAUCGCCUUUCGAGCUGGUGCCCACGUUGGGAGAAUAGCCCUGCAGAUCCAGGGCGAGGGCAAGACUCCAUCAUGGUCUACCAUCGUGGCUGCAGACGAGAAAUCUGCUCAGUCUGCUCUCGAUGCUUUCCACGCUGAGCACAAGACCGCACCAUCAAACAAGCUAUGGAUCAGUGCCUCUUCUGCCACCUCCGUCACCGUAUCUGGUCCUCCGGCGACCAAGCAAACUGCCUUCGAGAAGGUCGAAUUCUUCCGUUCACACAAGAACGCCCCAGUCUCCGUGUAUGCUCCUUACCACGCCGCACACCUGGUUUCUCAGUCCGAUAUCCAAAAGAUUCUGCGCCCGCAGACGAAAGAGGUAUUUGGAUCGUCGACACCAAAGUUCGCUGUCUGCUCCAGCGUGUCUGGCAAGCCCAUCUCCGCAAAGACCGGCUAUGAGCUGCUGGAGGAGGCUCUUCGAGAAAUCGUCAUUGAGCCCCUGAGAUGGGACCGAGUUCUCAAGUAUACCGCUUCUGGAAAGGGCGAGGAGGCUAAGGUCUUCGCUGUUGGCCCCACCAACCUUGCCAGCAGUGUAGUCUCGGCGCUCAAGGCGUCCACUAAGAAGGUGUCAUUGGAGGACCAAUCAACCUGGGCGACUGUUCCCGCUGCAGGCACGCAGAAGUCCCGCAAGGAGGCCGACAUUGCUAUUGUUGGCUUUGCUGGGCGCUUCCCAGAUGCUGCAGACCACGAGGCUUUCUGGGACCUGAUGGUCAAGGGCCUCGAUGUCCACAGGCCCGUCCCUCCCGACAGAUUCCCGGUCGAUUCUCACACCGAUCCUACAUCCAAGAAGAAGAACACCUCUCAUACACCGUUCGGCAACUUCAUUGAGAAUCCCGGACUCUUUGAUGCUCGCUUCUUCAACAUGUCGCCUCGUGAGGCUGCUCAGACCGAUCCCAUGCAACGUCUGAUGCUCUCCACGGGAUACGAAGCCAUGGAAAUGGCCGGCAUUGUUCCUGGCAGAACCCCCUCCACCAAGCACGACAGAAUUGGUACCUUCUAUGGUCAGACCUCCGACGAUUGGCGUGAGGUCAACGCGGCGCAGGAUAUUGACACAUACUUCAUUUCCGGUGGUGUCAGAGCAUUCGGACCGGGUCGCCUGAACUACUUCUUCAAGUUCAGUGGCCCGUCCUUCUCCGUUGAUACUGCCUGUUCUUCCAGUUUCGCGGCCAUGAACGUUGCCAUCACCUCACUCCGCGCUGGCGAGUGCGACACCGCUUUCACUGGCGGUGCUAAUGUCCUCACCAACUCGGACAUUUUCUCAGGUCUUAGCAGAGGUCACUUUUUGAGCCGAACCGGAUCUUGCAAGACCUGGGACAACGACGCUGAUGGCUACUGCCGUGGCGAUGGUGUUUGUAGCGCCAUCUUCAAGCGUCUCGACGAUGCUGUCGCCGAUCGCGACCCAAUUCUGGGUGUCAUUCGCGGUAUUGGUACCAACCACUCUGCAGAGGCUGUUUCAAUCACGCACCCGUGCGCCGAGAACCAGUCAUUCUUGUUCGACAAGGUCCUCAAGGAAUGCAAUGUUCCCUGCAACGAUGUCAACUACGUUGAAAUGCACGGCACCGGCACUCAGGCUGGUGACGGCAUUGAGAUGGAGUCUGUGUCAUCUGUCUUCGCUCCUCGACAGAACAAGCGCCGUCCUGAUCAGCCUCUGUACGUGGGCGCUGUCAAGUCCAACAUCGGCCACGGUGAAGCCGUCUCUGGUGUUUGUGCCUUGAUCAAGGUGCUUCUCAUGCUUCAAAAGAGCCAAAUACCUCCCCAUACUGGCAUCAAGACGGAAAUCAACAAGAACUUCGCACCUGAUCUGAAGGAACGCAAUGUUAACAUCGCGUUCAAGCCUACCCCUCUCCCUCGGCCUGCUGGUGGCAAGCGUGUUAUGUUCAUCAACAACUUCAGUGCUGCUGGUGGCAACACUGCUAUGCUUCUGGAAGAUGGCCCCGAGGUCCCAUCGACCCCCACUGCUGAUCCUCGAGGUACUCAGGUCGUCACAGUCUCGGCCAAGUCUCUCGGUGCCUUCAAGAAGACUCUGGCCAAUCUGGAGAAGUGGGUUGGCGCGAAUCCCAGUGCUGGUUUGCCAGAUCUGGCUUACACCACCACUGCGCGCCGCAACCAUUACACCUACCGCGUAGCACUGCCUGUCAACUCGAUGGCUCAGCUUGCUACUGCCCUGAAGACUGCACAAGAACAGAACCACGCUCCCACUCCGCUAGCCACCCCUCAGGUCGCCAUGGCUUUCACUGGCCAAGGUUCUCAGUACACUGCCAUGGGCAAGCGGAUGUUUGAGACGUCCUCUCAGUUCCGCGGUGAUAUCGAAGAGUUCAACGAGAUUGCACUUCGCCAGGGUCUUCCCUCAAUAAUGCCCCUGAUUGAUGGCUCCGUUGAGGUGCAGAACCUGCCUCCCACUGUUGUUCAGCUUGGCAUGUGCUGCAUUCAGAUGGCUCUGACCCGUCUCUGGUCAACCUGGGGCAUUACUCCCAGUGUUGUCAUUGGCCACUCUCUGGGCGAAUAUGCUGCUCUCCAAGCUGCUGGCGUUUUGUCCGUUGCUGACACCAUCUACUUGGUUGGCAAGCGUGCUGCUCUGCUCGAGGAAAAGUGCACCGCUGGCACCCAUGCCAUGCUCGCUGUGCGCUCGCCUGUUGCUGGCCUGCAAGACGUUGUUGCAAACAGCCAAGGCAAGAUCGAGAUUGCCUGCAUCAACGGUGUCUCGGACACUGUGCUUUCUGGCACCAUGGCUGAUAUCGAUGCCGUUGCCCAGAAGCUGGCUGAUGCCGGUCAGAAGUGUACCAAGCUCAAGCUGCCCUUCGCCUUCCACUCCUCGCAAGUCGACCCCAUCCUGGCAGAUUUCGAGAAGGUUGCAAGCGCCAUCACUUUCCAGGCUCCUCGCGUCCCAGUUAUCUCUCCUCUCCUGAGCGACGUUGUCAGCGUUGGCGGUGUCUUUGAUGCCUUCUACCUCAGCCGCCACUGCCGGAAGACUGUCGACUUUGUCGGCGGUCUUUCUGCCGGCAUGGCCACGUCUACCAUCAGCGACUCUUCAAUCUGGCUCGAGGUUGGUGCUCACCCGCUUUGCUCCAGCAUGGUCAAGUCAUGCUUGUCUGCUUCGGCGCUGCCCACCAUGCGUCGCGAUGAGGACCCCUGGAAGAUCAUCUCGAACUCCAUUGCCAGUCUCUACAUCGCCGGCAAGGCCAUCAACUGGGAUGCAUUCCACAAGGAGAAUGACAGCCUCCGUGUGCUGAACAUCCCCACCUACGGGUUCGAUUUCAAGAACUACUGGCUGCAAUACACUGGCGACUGGCUCUUGUAUAAGGGCGAUUACCCCAAGGCUAUUGCUCCUGCUCCAGCCGCUGCCCCUGCUGCCCCUACCAAGCCCAGGAAAUACCUCUCUACUGCCGUUCAGGGUAUUGUGUCCGAGGAGGUCAACGGCAACAAUGUGACUCUCGUCGCUGAGUCUGACAUGGGCGACCCGAAGCUCUUCCCUGUCAUCGCCGGUCAUCUUGUCAAUGGUUCAGGCCUUUGCCCCUCGACUUUGUAUGCUGACAUUGCAUACACUCUGUGCGAUUACGCAUACAAGCUGGUCAAGCCAGGCGAGAAGGUGGCCAUCAACAUUGGUGGCAUGGAGAACAACAACCCUCUGCUGUUGAAGAACAUCAAUGAGCCACAGACGCAGAUCAUGCGCUCUACCCUCAAGAUGGAUCUCAAGAAGAAGCAAGCCGUCUUCACCGUCACGAGCAACAACGGCAAGAAGGACGUGACUCAUGCCGAGUCAGUAAUCACCUUUGAGGACCCUGAGGCCUGGAAGGAGGAGUGGAGCCGGACUGCGUACCUGAUCCAGUCUCGCAUCGAUCUCCUCAAGCACAAGAUGGAGAAUGGCGAGGCUGACAAGGUCAGCCGGUCCAUGGCUUACAAGCUUUUCACUGCCUUGGUCGACUACUCCGACCCGUUCCAGGGAAUGCAGAGCGUCACCUUCGACGGCCCCGAAUUCGAGGCCACCAGUAACAUCAAGCUGCGUGCUGGUCCUGAGCUUGGCAAUUUCCAUUUCAGCCCUUACUUCAUCGACAGCGCUUGCCAUCUUUCUGGCUUCAUUGUCAACGCCACUGUCAAUCCUCAGGAUGAGUGCUACAUCUCUCAUGGCUGGCGAAGCCUGAGGUUCCUCGAGCCUCUCAAGUUUGGCGAGACAUACACUGGCUACGUCAAGAUGCAGCCUAUGGCUGGCAGCAAGAUGCGCCAGGGUGAUGUCUACGUAUUCAACGCCCAACGAGAGGUGGUCGGCGUGGCCGGUGGCGUUCGCUUCCAGUGCAUUCCCCGGAAGCUCAUGGAUGUCAUGAUGCCGAAGCCCAAAGCAGCCGGCAAGGCUACUGGUGCAGCGCCUGCCAAAGCGGCGGCUACCUCCCCAGUCAAGGUUGAGAUUCCCGCCUCGGCCUCCAAGGCUGCCCCCAAGCAGAAGGCGAAGAAGCCCGUCAAAGCACCCAAGGCUCCUAAGGCUGCUCCCAAGCCUGCCUCCUCUGGCAAUCUCUGCGCCAAGGCCUUCGACAUCAUCGCAGCCGAGGUUGCAGUCGAUCACUCUGAGCUUCUCGAUGAUAUUCAGUGGGCCGACCUUGGUGUCGACAGUCUGAUGUCCCUCACCAUUUCAGGCAAGUUCCGCGAGGAUCUUGAUAUGGAAGUCGAGAGCAGUCUCUUCACUGACUUCGCAUCUGUUGGUGCCCUGCGCAAGCAUCUCUCCGGCAUGUCUGGCCCUGAGCCAGCUCCUGAUGCGGCUGCUGAGUCCAGCUCGACUGAGUCCACGGACUCUGGCUCCGAGAGCGACGAUGAGUCCGCUGAGUCUGGCAUUACCACCCCUGAGACCGAGGACUUUCCCGUCAAGAGUCAGAAGUCCGCUGCUGUGGAGGCCGUUGCCGAAGCUCCUGCCCCGACUGCUGCUGGUGGCGCCGACAUGAUCGAGACCAUUCGUCAGGUCAUUGCACAGGAGAUGGAGAUGGAUCUUGCUGAGAUCACUGAGACCACCGACCUGAGCAACCUUGGCAUGGACUCUCUCAUGGCCCUCACUGUGCUCGGUAAGCUCCGCGAAGAGUACGAGAUCGACUUGGACCCGUCCAUUCUUGCGGACAACCCAUCGCUUGGUCACCUUCGCAAGGCGCUUGGCCUGGAUGCUCCCAAGGCAGCGCCUGCUCCAGCCCAGAAGCAGGAGGUGGUGGCUCAGGUCGCUGUUGCUCCUGCUCCAGCUCCUCCCGUCGAGGUGGUUGUGCAAAUGCCUCCUGCCACUUCGGUCCUCCUGCAGGGUAACCCCAAAACGGCGACCAAGAACCUCUUCCUGUUCCCUGAUGGAUCCGGAUCAGCUACUUCUUACGUCUCUAUCCCCGCCAUUGACAGCAAGAACCUCGCAGUAUAUGGUCUCAACUGCCCCUUCAUGAAGGAUCCCACCAACUACACGUGCGGAAUUGAGGGUGUGUCGAAGCUGUACCUCGAGGAAGUCAUGCGCCGCCAACCCGUCGGCCCAUACAUCCUUGGUGGCUGGUCUGCGGGCGGUGUCGUUGCCUACGAGGUGACUCGCCAGCUCUCCGACCUGAACAAGCGUUUCCCUGACCGGAAAUACUAUGUGGAGAAGCUCAUUCUGAUCGACUCGCCCUGCCCGAUCAGGCUCGAGCCCCUGCCUGCUCGUCUGCAUCACUUCUUCGAUGAGAUCGGGCUGCUCGGUACCGGCACUGGCAAGACGCCCAACUGGUUGCUGCCUCACUUUGAGUACAGCAUCAAGGCGCUGACUGCCUACCGCCCUGAGCUGAAGUCGACGCACGACUUCAACGCGCCGCCAACUUUACUCAUCUGGGCCACUGAGGGUGUGUGUGGCAAGCCUGGUGACCCCCGCCCACCGCCACAGGCAGAUGACCCCAAGAGCAUGAAGUGGCUGCUGGAGAACCGCAACGACUUCGGUCCUAAUGGCUGGGACAAGCUCCUCGGUGCUGAGAACUGCACCAUGGUCCAGGUUGUCGGCAACCACUUCACGAUGAUGAAGCCCCCUGUGGCCAAGGGUGUCGGUCAAUUCAUCCGCGAGUCCCUCAACUAG